CGCCGCGCCGGCCGCAUGGCGGGCUACGCGCCGCGCCUGCCCUGGCUGCUGCCGCUGCUGCACCGUGCGGUGCCGCCCCCCUGGGCGCGGGCCGCCUGCGGGCCCGCCGGGCUCCGCUCCUCGCCGCGUUCUUCGGCCGGCAGGUGCGGUGCGCUGCCCCGACUGCCGCCGCCGCACUGCCGCCUCCUCCUCCCGUCCGGGGCGGCGGGCAGCGCCCCGCGCGCCUUGAGCGUCGCCGCCGGCCCCGAGCCGACACCGCCGCCGGCGCCACGGGGAGCCGCCGCCGGGCCGCCGCGCUUCGAGGCCAGGAGGCUGCUGGCCCUGGCGCGUCCCGAGCGCUGGAGACUGACAGCUGCCGUUGGCUUUCUGACAGUUUCCAGCGUUAUUACCAUGUCAGCCCCUUUCUUUCUGGGGAAAGUGAUUGAUGUCAUUUACACAAAUCCCAGCAACGACUUCAUUGACAGCCUAUCCAGCCUGUGUGCCUUGCUGAGUGGAAUCUUUCUAUGCGGUGCUGCUGCUAAUGCUACUCGUGUCUACCUCAUGCAGACUGCAGGGCAAAGAAUUGUGAAACGUUUGAGGACAACCAUGUUCUCCUCUAUUCUGAAGCAAGAAACUGCUUUCUUUGACAAGACCAGAACGGGAGAGCUGAUAAACCGCUUAUCUUCAGAUACAGCACUCUUGGGCCGUUCCUUGACUGAAAACCUUUCUGAUGGGCUCCGAGCAGGAGCUCAGGCAUCUGUGGGGGUUGGAAUGAUGUUUUUUGUGUCUCCUGGCCUUGCUGCUUUUGUUCUGAGCGUUGUGCCACCCUUGGCUAUCGUGGCUGUGAUUUAUGGAAGAUACUUGCGAAAACUUACUAAAAUGACCCAAGAUUCUCUUGCAGAAGCAACACAGUUAGCUGAAGAGCGUAUCGGAAACAUAAGAACAGUUCGAGCUUUUGGGCAAGAAAUGGCUGAAAUGGAGAAAUACACAAAUAAAGUUGAUUAUGUGCUACAGUUGGCUAAAAAAGAGGCGCUAGCUCGGGCAGGCUUCUUUGGAGCAACUGGCCUUUCUGGAAACUUAAUUGUCCUCUCAGUCUUAUACAAAGGAGGAUUACUGAUGGGCAGUGCUUAUAUGACAGUUGGUGAACUCUCUUCAUUCCUAAUGUAUGCCUUCUGGGUUGGAAUAAGCAUAGGAGGUCUAAGUUCCUUUUAUUCUGAAUUAAUGAAAGGAUUAGGUGCUGGUGGACGUCUGUGGGAACUGAUUGAGAGGAAGCCCCAACUUCCAUUUAAUGAGGGAAUCACAUUAGGCAAAGACACAUUCAGAGGUGCUUUAGAAUUCAAGGACGUUGAGUUUGCUUAUCCAACACGUCCAGAAACAUCCAUUUUCAAAGAUUUCAGCCUCUCCAUUCCAGCUGGCUCUGUGAUGGCUCUGGUUGGCUCGAGUGGCGCAGGGAAAUCAACUAUUGUAUCCCUUCUACUAAGACUGUAUGAUCCUAUCGCAGGUACUAUCACUGUUGACGGCUUUGACAUUCGUCAGUUAAAUCCACUGUGGUUCAGGACAAAGAUUGGAACAGUGAGUCAGGAACCAAUUCUGUUCUCCUGCUCUAUUGCUGAAAACAUUGCCUAUGGUGCAGAAGAUCCAUCUACCGUGACUGCAGAGGAGAUUCAGAAAGUUGCUGAAAUAGCAAAUGCUGCUCAUUUUAUCAGAGAUUUUCCAAAAGGCUUUGACACUGUAGUUGGAGAAAAAGGCAUUCUACUUUCAGGUGGACAGAAGCAGCGAAUUGCAAUUGCUCGAGCUCUGCUCAAGAAUCCCAAAAUUCUUCUCUUAGAUGAAGCAACAAGUGCUUUGGAUGCUGAAAAUGAGUACCUAGUGCAGGAAGCCCUGGACCGGCUGAUGGAAGGGAGGACAGUUCUAAUCAUUGCCCAUCGUCUGUCUACCAUUCAGAAUGCUGAUUUUGUGGCCGUCCUCGGUCAGGGCAAAAUUCUCGAAUGUGGAAAACAUGAGGAACUCCUUGCAAAUCCAAAUGGACUUUUCAGGAAACUAAUGCAGAAACAAGCUUUUCUCCAGAACAGCGAUACUUUUGCACUAGACAUACAAUCCAGAGAAAAUAAUCUAUUAAAAGAAAACGUAUGAGGGAAUGUACGAACGAUGGAAGCUUACAAACUAUGAAGAAUGUAACUUAUGUUCCAGUAAUGUAAAGUAAAUGUUAUAUUUUUCCAAAAUGUACAAAGUAUCCUUUUGAAACUUAAAUGUGUUCAAACUUUGUAUCGAAAGCUUUUUGAUAAUUAUUGUCACUUUUUAAAAUGUGUGUCGCAUUCAGACAGUGUCAGAGGACAGAUGUUUGUGCUUUGUGUCACAUUAACCAAGGCCGUUUAGAACCAUGCUUGCUGUAGUGCACUGUAUGACAAUGUGCUAUGUUCUCAAGUAAAUUCAGUAUUUUAAGGGGAAUCAAGUGACAGUCCGAUCAUUUUCACUUCAUUGUCUCUUCCCUUUUCAAGAAACUUUUACUUUCGUGUUUGUUGCUCAUCUUAAAAGGCUGGAAUUCCAAAAAUGCACGUUUCACUUACCAUUUGCUCUGAGAUAAAAGAACUUGAUUAGGCUCACCAUCUACAGUUAACAGAGAACUACAAAUGAAAACUUGUCUGUAGUGUACGGGAACAGAUGUUGGAGGAAAGCUACUGAAAAUACAAACAACUGACUGACUUUACAAAUAAGGACAAACAAAGUAUAAUUUUUGCAGUGUGUUUUUUCAGCGCAGGAAAAAUCUAAGGUUUGCAUGCAUUUUCUUCCCUUUUCUACUUUCCAUGCUUUAGUUUUGCUUCUAUUACAAGAUGACAUCCAAAAGAAGAUGUUUUUACAAAUGUGAGUUGUCCCUUUAAGGCACAUACGCAUACAUAUUAAAGUCUGGUUUAUGAAAUUUUAAUGUCUUAAAAUUACAUGUCUUAAAAUUUCAUAGAAAUCUCAGAUUUUGCCAAAUCACCUCGUGUCACUUGCUCAAGGACAAUUACUAAAAUAUGUUGUGGUAGCAUGACAUUAAUUUGCACAACUGCAGGAAGUACGUUUGGCAGUGAAGAGUAGGCUUCACGUUUCUAAUUUAAGAACCUCUUUAGUAGAAUCUCUCUAUGCUUUCUGAAGAUACAAAGCACCACAAGAAACGUUUACAAAGCCAAACGCUUCAUAGUGUCUCAUCAGAGCUCCCUGUGCUAGGAAAUCUGAUUGCUGCUGGAAAGCCUUAUUGGAAAUAGGUGAGGUAUCUAACACUGGGUAAGCUUAACAUCCUUCUCUAAUGUGCCUCUAAAAGCACAUUAUGGAACACGGUGAAAACACUGAAAAGAUCCCUGCGCUACAGAAUGAAAAUAAGAUAUCUUCUGCUAUAGUCUUAGGAGAAGAAGGGAUUUUAUUAAAGAUACAACAAAAACACCACUGACCCCAUGUUUAAUUUCAGUGUCGGCAAUUACCCCCUUGAUAGUGUAUCUAGAGAAGCUUGAACUUUAAUCUUUAUUCCUAAUCUCUCUUUAUGUGAGUGCAAUCAGCCCUUUGGUUUGUGAGUUUAAACCAUGUGAUCACAAGAGUUAAUUGCAGCUGAAUUGAAUCACUGUUCUAUGUCUGUUGAUCGUGAAUUGUUCUGGAAGGCAUUGCAGUCUACCAAAAAGUGAGAAGAGCUCUAGUUCACAGCAAGUUGAAGCUAUGUUUCAAGAGCUACAGUGAAUAGCAGACUGUACUCAAAAUGUUCUUUGCACCAAACAAGCCAAGACAGCUUUGCUGGACAACUUCAGCUUUGUAGUUUACACAUUUACAUUGCAUGUGACCCAGCCUCACUAUGCAUGUGGAAUGCUCUGUGUAAGCAGAAGAUGUAGUCUACCUUGACUUCAGCUAGGCUUUUCACAGAAUCACAGAAUUGUAGGGGUAGGAAGGGACCUCUAGAGAUCAUCGAGACCAACCCCCCUGCCAAAGCAGGUUCCCUAAACCAGGUCACA